UUUUCAUGUUCUUGUAUCUCUGAACCGUGGGUAAACGAGAGAAAGAGAGUCCAGGUUAAGAGUCCAAAGGAGAGAAGUUUUUUUUUUUUUUUUUUUUCUUUUCCUUAAUAAGAGUUCUCUGUUUCUAUUUUUCUCAUAUUUCUAACCACAAUAAAAGUGGUAUGAGAGCUCCUAGUUGAGAACUAAAAGAGUUUUAAAAAUUUGGAAAAAUAGAGCCUCUGUUCUUCAAAUUAGUGUUUUGAAAAAAAGUGCUCAAACCAGAGAUUUGACCAUACCAGAUUAAAUUUCAGAUCCACAAGAAGAAAACGCUGUUCUCCAAGAGCAACGCGCUGCUGAAAGAGCUUCACGCGCUGCCUGAAAUUCACGCGCUUCACGCUCCGUCUCAAGGUUGAAGGCUACCCACAUCAUCCCCCAGCUCAGCUGCCAAGUCAACAAAAUAGCCACGUGACAAGCCAUUAAAAUAUCAAUGGAAGAGUUAUCCUAAGUUAUGAUUAAGCUUACUGCUACCAAUUAUAUAUUUUGGAGAUCUCGAAUGGAAGAUUUUCUUAUCUGUAAAGAUUUGUUUGAACCUUUAGAAGCCAAGGGAAGGAAUCCCGAUCCUAACAAAGCUGUAGAAUGGAAAAAAUUGAAUAGAAAAAUAAUUGAUGAAAUUCGACAAUGGAUCGAUGAUAGUAUCUUUUAUCAUAUUGAACAAGAGACAGAUGCAUAUGCCUUAUGGAAAAAACUGGAGGACAUGUAUAAAGAUAAAACUGCUUAUAGUAAAGUCUUAUUAAUGAGGCGAUUGGUAGAUUUAAAGUUACGAAGUAGAACUUCUGUAGCAAAGCAUAUCAGUGAAUUUCAAAGCUUGGUCAAUCAGCUAUCUGUAUUAGGAUUACAAUUAGACGAUGAGAAACAAGCUCUUCUACUUCUUAGUUCUCUUCAAGAUAGUUGGGAGACUCUAGCAGUGGUUCUCAGCAAUUCAGCCCCAAAUGACAAACUUACUAUGUUGAUGGUUAAAGAUGCCCUAUUCAAUGAAGAGGCCAGGAGAAAGGAUGCAGGCAUGGACCAAUCACAUGCCUUCGUCACGGUGAGAAGAAGACAACAAGGAGGUAAUCAAGGCAAAGGAAGAGUGAAAAACGAAAGCAUAGGUGGAUUCACAAAAGGAAAGAAGUUAUACAAGUGUUAUCAUUGUGGUUUAGAAGGUCACUUGAAAAAGAAUUGUAGAAAACUGCUAAGAGAGCAGUAACUCCAAAGUAAUCAAAAAAUAUUGGUCACUAUUACAUAAGAAGUGGCAUUCUGCUCCACCAAUGAAAACAUAUGCCUUCACAUAUUAAGUCAUGCGAUCAAAUUGGAAGUCAAUAUUGUAGCAUCCUUUUCAACCAAAGAUUUUUUUCAAAAUGUCCAAAACGGGAGAUUUUGGUAUAGUAAAGAUGGAAAAUCCUAAUUUCAUGAAGAUUGUUGGAAUUGAUAUUGUUAAAAUAAAAUGAAUGUUAGAUAUAGCUCGAGAUCUUCGGCUUAAUUUAUUAUUGGAAAUAGCCUUUGACAAGCAAUAUUAUGACAACUAUUUCAACAAUGA